AUGGUCUCUCUCGACGACGUCCCCGCGCACCUGAAGACGCUGUUCGAUCCCGCCACGUGCACGCGCAAAGGACUGUGCCCGGUCACGCACAUACGGAAGCAGGACCAUGAUCCGCUCGAGAGCCAUUCGUUGUACUUUGAGAUUCACGGGAAGGGCCCGGAGAAGGUCUUGUUUAUCAUGGGGAUGAACACCCCAUGCUUUUCCUGGUCUCCUCAGGUCGAUCACUUUGGCAAGUCGCCAAAGUACACCGUGCUGGUGUUCGACAACCGAGGGGUUGGGAACAGCGAUUCCCCAAGAGGGCCGUACUCGACAAGUCAAAUGGCCGAGGAUGUAGUCGUGCUGCUAGACUUUGUCGGCUGGAAAGAAGAGCGAAGUGUGCACCUCGUUGGCUGUUCCCUAGGUGGAAUGAUUUCGCAAGAGCUAGCGUAUAAGAUUCCCGAGCGCUUCAUCUCCUUGUCGCUUGCGGUGACCACACCCGGAGGCACGCGACCGUUCACAAACUUUCCAUCAUGGGAAGCCUUGAAGCUGUUGUAUAAAGUGACAGUCGAACCUGACUUGGAAAAGAGAAUCCCCUACAUCCUUUCCAUGGGCUUCCCUGCUAAGUGGUUAGAGGAAAAGGUCGAGGGCGACCCGGAUGGCCGGACGAACCGCGAGGUUCAGACGGAACUGUACAAACGUCGCAUGGCGGUCACCCGCAAGCAGACCCCUGGCGGCGCACUGUCGCAGAUGCUCGCCGCGCUGACGCACUACGUCUCCUGCGAGCGCCUGCACCAUAUCUCGCGGAGCAUACCAAAGGUGUUCAUCGUCACCGGCGACGAGGACAUGAUGGUCUCGACGAAGCACAGCGACCGCAUAAAGGACUGCAUGCCCGAGGCAGAGUUUUACAGGUUCAAGGGUACCGGGCACGGCGUGCACGCGCAGUACGUCCGCCAGUUCAACGAGUUGCUAGAGAAGACGUGGGAGGAUGGGAAGAGCAGGCUGGAGAAUUCGAAGCAAUAG